UGCGGUAGGGCUACCUGUGAUUGACAAACAUAAAUGCUCGCCUUGCUGUUUUGUAUUUCCUAGGGCUGGAAGAGGACUUAAAACCGUUUAGUUUAGGCCAUGAAUGUACCAUGGUCUUACCGCUAUCUCGCCUCAGACGAUGCAGAGGCGUUUCGGCAAUUUGUGCUAUCACGCUUUGUCUCUUCCUUGUGAACGCUGUCAUAUUUCUGGGUUCGCUAAGUGAACUCGGCUCGCACGAAUCACGAUUUCCUCGCGCGGUUUUUUCCUCUGCAGCAACUCGCAACCAAGCACUUGUGGACUCAAGCAUUAUUAAAAUUACUCAGCGCUUGGAAAAGCUUGAAAAUGCUGUAUCUCUUCUACAACACUCUGUUGCUUCAAAAAUAGAUAACAAAAAGAAAGAUCAUCACAAGGCAUGUCCCAUUCCUUCAUCAUGGAGAUACCCAUUCUGUGCAAGAAAAGUUGAGUGGAUACAGCAUUUAUGGACUACUAAUUCACAGUGCUAUGUUGACCAGCAUGGUAUAGACCCUGCAGACGAAUGUACGAUAUUACAGUUUUUGAGUGAGGCUGAAGCAUGGUGUCCUUUGCAACCAGGAAGGGGACCCCCUCAAGUUCAAAGAAAUGAGGCCCAGACCCGUACUGACUUGGAUGGCUUCCUGGGGAUUUUAAGGGAAGACAAAUUCCAAUGGAUGAGAGAACGUGCAACUCGUCUUUGGCCCUUGUGGGUACAGGGUAUAAGAUCUUUAGAGAAGAGAGAUCACAAACUCAUCAAUCGAAAGCAAAAAAAUAUUUUGAUUAUGAUGGGGUCUUUUAUAAUGGAGCCAAUGUUUUUCUACUUUGCUUACCGCGGAGGACCGCUUGGGGAGAUGGUUCAAUGGACCGAUCUCAUUGCCUCUUUGUACAUAUUAGGGCAUAACAUAACCCUGUGCUCCAAUAAGACAGAUGUAACACGUGUGUUUAACGUACCGGAAGACAAACGCUGCGCAAGCAAGAUGAGAGUUGACUUUGACCACGUGUAUACAGACUACAACGGUGAUAAGUUGAUGAAGCAUGGAAUAGGGCCAAACCACUCCCAAUACAGAUGUCGAUUGCGUAUUUUGGACUCCUUUGGUACGGAAGCAGAGUUCAAUCUGGCCGAGUAUGAUCAACCCAUACCUGGAGGAAAAUCUGGUUGGGCUAUCGCAGACGUGAACCUCAAGCAGAUCAUGACUAUGUUUCCCCACAGUCCUGAUAACACCUUUCUUGGCUUUGUUGUUGAUGGUCCGGUACCACAACAUCGGAAAACAGUUAAGAGGAAGCCCAUCGGUCUCGUGUACGGUAAAGAGGCACGAUUCUGGAAGAAUUCUAGAAGUUACCUCGACACUUUAAGCAAGUACCUUGAAAUUCAUGCCACUGUGGCACAUUUUGCGAGUGACGACGAGCAAGAUUACAUACCAAAGUAUGUCAAGAACCACGGCUAUCUCCGUAGCCCACAGCUACAGAAACUUCUGAAGCAAACAAAGGUCUUCAUAGGAUUGGGGUUUCCUUAUGAAGGACCAGCUCCGUUAGAGGCCAUCCAAAGCGGAUGCGUCUUCCUUAACGCCAAGUUUGAUCCACCACACGAUAGAGUGAACACUCCGUUCUUCAAGAACAAACCAACUUUGCGAAAGGUGACGUCUCAGCACCCAUAUGCCGAGGAAUUUAUCGGGAAACCGCACGUCUAUACAAUAGAUAUCACAAAUACUACAGUUGUUGAGGCGGCUAUGCAAGAGAUCCUUCAACAACAGGUCAAUGCAUACCUUCCACUGGAAUGGACACCAGAGGGAAUGCUGGAAAGAGUGAAUACAUACGUGGAGCAUGUGGAUUUUUGUGACAUUAAUGGCAAACCUUGGCCGCCAUUGGACCAGAAGCAAGUUUUCGUAAGCCAGUCUGGUCAGUCUUGCAAAGACCUCUGCCGGAGCAAAGGACUGGUCUGUGAAUCUUCGUAUUUUGUGAACAUAAACACGGCGGAUCAGAUCAAGCGCCUUAACCUGACAUGCAAGAAAGAAGAAUUCGCCGCCGCGCUGCACGCCCCCUCCUAUGGCCAUGAUGGCCACACCUGUAUUCUACAGACCCACCCUCUCCUCUUUAGCUGCGUCUAUGCCAAGGAAGGGCACUCACGGAUCUGCCCCUGCCGAGAUUUCCAACAGCAACAAGUUGCACUGUGCAAGAAAUGCUAAUACGUCAUGCUUUACAGGAUGCAAGAAGUGCUAGAAUACGUCAUAACUUCACACGAUAUUUCUGCCAAGAGUUGAACACAAAUACUCGAAUACUCAGUCACUUAUGAGUGCAACAAGUUUUCUAUAGCACAGAGUAAAUAUCACUGCAAUAAACAACUUAUUGUGGGGGUUCGCCCUACACACCGGAAGCCAGUCUUUAAGUGUCCUAUCAUUUUUGCCCCCGACUCUGAGUAAGGUAGAGCUCAAAAUACGAUUAUAAAUAUAACAAAUGUAAUUUUUUUAAGAGGGGUAAAGCUUUUGCAUAAAAUUAGAUAUUAAUAUACAUUAUAUAUUUUAGAUUAGUCAUUUGUUUAAAUUUAUAAAUUUUUUAGGGGCGGGGUUAGCUAUUUAUUGCACAUAGAAAUCAAAAGCUGGGUAUAUAUUAUGGAGUAUAUAAUAUAUAUAUAUCGGAUGUAUUGUUGAAAUAUUCAUUUGAAAAAAAUAAUAUAUAAAAGUAAAUUUUUAUGUAAAAA